UGGCGGCGCAGUGAGAGGAUAUUCAUACAAUAACAAAACAAGAAUUCAUCUUAAAUACUAUAAAAAAAGUAACUAGGGUUCAAAUCAAUGCAUCGAUCGCUACAUAUAAACACUGUGCGAUGCAUGUGUGAGCUUUAUAAGCAUGACAGACAGGACAAUUCUCGAUAGCCGACCUGCAGCAGAUGAAAGUAGAGAAACACGGAGUCGAGUUUCCAAACUUACACAGAACCGAUUUAAAUCAAAUAAACACAACAAAGCGCGUAAACACGAGCGCUCUCCGUCUCUCAGAACCUCCAUCUGUUCGCGUAAAGACUUGGAAACCCCAAAACGUAGAUCAAGGAUUCGAUUUUUUGGUGGCAGCAAUGGAGAUUCCCCAAGUGAGACAGAAACUCAACAGGACAUUAUCUGGGAUCCUGCUUCACCACCUUCAGUGCGAAAUGGAAAAGGAGCAGGAGAAGGAUUUCGAAUUGUGGAGAUAUCUGAUAUUGUCAACAGAAUUGCCCCACAUAAUGAGAAGCCUGUAGACAAAGAUUCGGUGCUGCAGUGGAUUGGAGACAGUGCCAUACCCUGCACUCCAGAGAUUGAGCAACCCAGAGUUCGGAGGUGCUCAGUACGACGGCAAAGCAGCAACGUUGAGGACCUGAUGAAACUCGCUAAGCAGUUUGACCUCAACAUGACCCGUCAAGACAAAGAAAGGAAUCUAGAGAGACUGCAGGAUGGUGAGGAAAGAACCAGUGAUGAUGUACACAAGCUCAACAACCACCUAGACUCUAGGAAUAAUGGCUCCUCAUUUGAAGUGCAGAAUUUACAUUCAGUCAAACCGAAAGUACUUAGCCAUGAAGAGGAGCUGCAUGCUCUUUUCGAUGGACCUACCCAGUACCAGAGUGGGAGAUUGAGCCCUCCAUCUGCUAACUGUUCCCAAGAGAGCAGGUCUGAACCUGUAGCUCAAAAUAGAAAAAGGCAAGCUCCUGCAGAGGGUAAAAGCAUCUCUGAAGACCCUGCUCCAAUGUCAAAGCUGGACUUUGAUGAUGAUUGGGAGAAUGAUGCUUUGCUUGAUGAUUUAUUUGUGCUGGAAGUCACUCAAAACCCUGACAUUUUGAGCUCCGUUUCAACAAAGACCACUGGUCAGACAAGGUCUGCUGCUUCAGUGAAAUGUGGAUCUACAACGGCAACCAGUUCCUCUGGAUUAAGCAGCAAAACUGGCUGCUCUUCAUCACUUCAGCGUGGCAGUGUUGGUCAAUACACUAAGAUCUCAUCAAAGACUUGCACUAAACCUUCUUCUAUUCAGACUUGCACUACUGAAAAACUGCCUAAGAUCAGCCCUGACUCAAGCAAAAAGGCUGAGUCUGCCAAUCAAGCAUGGGCAGUCAACCAACAAGCAGAUAUGCCCACAGACUCUGGUAUGAAGAAGAACAAGACUGAAAAGACUGAAAGUCCUGCAGGCAAGGAUUUACCUGGUUUGGCUAAGACAUCAGGGAAUGACGUUAAAAAACUGGACUUGAACUCUCUGUGGGGUGAUGGAGAUGACGACGACGACCUGCUUUAUCAGGUCUGUGAUGAUGUCGAAAGGAUCUCAGCCAGUCAGGAGCAGCAAACAGAGAACAUAAUCAAGCCCACUCCCAACACAUCCUCAAGUUCCUCCUCAUCUAAUGUUUCAAGGAGCAAGACUGUUCAGUCUGACAAUCCCAUCAAACAGAAACCUGUGCAUGUUUUUGUCCGUUCACAUUCAAUACCAGGUGCUUCAGGUUCCCAUGUUGACAAGCUGGAAUUGUCUAGAGUGAAUCACAACAAUUAUCAAAACAGCAGGCUGGUGCAGCACCAGCAUGGCCAGCUGAAGUCUGGUUCGGCACUCAAACCCCAGGGUACCAACCUACCUGCAGAAAAGUCUUCAGUCUCUCAUCAUUCCACGUUUAAAAGGCAUCAAUCUGAUCCCGUGCCCAUGAGCAACAAAGUGUUCGUCACCGCUCUGACUGCUGUAAAGUGCACAGCCGCUGAGAUUGAAAAGAAGAAACAGGAGGCUAUAGCACGAAGAAGAUCGCGACUUCAAGCUACCCAGAAGCCCGGUGCACCUACAUAGACCACCAAAGAUGAGGAUGACCUCUUAUCAUGACUGGUACAUGCCCUCAUUGAUCACUGAUUCUGAUAGAUGUUUUUUCACCAGUAAAGAUUUUUUUUGUUCACCUAGCUGCACCACCUUACUCUUGUCAUUUUUUUAGUUUCAGAUGCUAAUUACAAUCAGCCUCAUUAAAGCAACGGUUAAUUAAAUCUGUAUUUUCAGAAUACAGACAUGUUUAGGUAUAAUACAACACAAGAACAGUGCUGCCAGAGCACAUUUAACUUAGUUUAACUUUUAAAGUGCAUCAUUCAUGUUCUGCCCUCAGUGAUCUACUAAUCCGUGUACUGUUUACUGUAUCAGUCGUCUGUGGUGGUUAAUUCUGUGGACUGACUGUGAUUUUUUUUAUUCAGACAUGAUAAAAAGGCAUUGAUAAUUUAAAAUGAUCAUGCUUUUGUGCUGUAAAAUUAAGUCUGAGACUACAUUCUAAAGUCCUGUUCAAAAACAUUAAUUUCAAGCUCACAGCAUGCACAGAGAGACGGUGAUAAAUGUGUCAUUUCAUCUUGAAAAAAAAAGUCCAAACCUUUAUUGUUCAAAAAAGAGCUAUUUGAUCUGUUUUGUCUUUUUGUAUAUCUAUAUUUUGUUUGUUUCCUUGUUGCACCACUAAUAUUGUAACCAUGAGGUAAAACGUCAUUAAAAUGGCUACAAAAAUGCA